AGAAUAGGUGAGGGGAAGAGCAAGGAGAACUGUGACCAAACAAUAAUAUCAUAUUAUCCUUUCCAACAAAAAAAAAAGCAAUAAUAAUAUCUUAUGUCUAAGGAUAAAGUGCAAAAACACCACACAAUUAUCCUUCUAGCAUCCGUUUCUCAACUUAGCUAAGCCAACAGACUGAGUACUGCUUAUUGAGAAUUCCUCUCCAAGAAAGGUUGCCUUUACUUGAUGGCAAAUAUUUUUGUGACUAUUGCAACUAAUGUGGGUCAAUAUUUGGCGGGACCAGCAAUUCGCGAAGUUCAAUACCUUCUUUGUGUUAAUAACACAAUCAAUGAUCUUGAGAAAGAAAAGGAAGCACUGACAUCUGAAAGAGAUAACUUGCUAAUUCGUGUUGAACGAGCCAAAGAGAGAACUGAAGUAAUUGAAAAACCAGUGGAGAAGUGGCUGAAUGAUGUGGAAAAACUCCUUAGAGAGGUGGAGGUUCUUGUACAAAGGACGGAGACAGACAACAAUUGCUUCCAAGGAUGGUUUCCAACGUGUGGACGAUAUCUUUUGUGCAAACAAAUGGUGCAGAAGAUAGACGCAAUGGGGAGGUUCAAAGGCAAAAGCAAAGAUAUCGAACCAUUUUCUCAUCUUGCUCCACUACCAGGUAUUCUGUAUCAGUCAUCCGAAGACUUCAUCUAUUUUGAAUCAACAAAAGUGGCUUAUGAUAAACUCUUGAAGGCACUUGAGGAUGAUCGCAUCUCUAUAAUUGGACUGUACGGAAUGGGUGGAUGUGGAAAAACAACCCUUGUAACGGAAGUUGGCAAGAAGGCUGAGGAAUUGGAUAUGUUUGAUAAGGUUAUAUCAAUCACCGUGACAAGAACUCCAAACAUUAGGAGCAUUCAAGGACAAAUUGCAGAUAUGUUAAACUUGAAAUUGGGGGAAGAAAGUGAAGAUGGAAGAGCACAACGUCUAUGGUUGCGUUUAAAAGAAAUGAAGAGAACUCUUAUAAUAGUUGACAAUCUAUGGAGAGAGUUUCAUUUGAAGGAUACAGGGAUUCGCUUAUACAAUGAUAAUAGAGGUGCAUUGAAAAUCCUUGUAACCACACGUAUUGAGAAUGUUUGUAUUUUAAUGAAUUGUCACAAGAUGAUUCAUUUGGGGCUCUUGUCCAAAGAUGAAUCCUGGACAUUCUUCCAAAAGCUUGCAGUAAUUGAUGACGAAUUCUCUGUGUCAUUAGAUGGUGUACCACAAGAAAUCUGCUAUGAAUGCAAGGGACUUCCCUUAGCAAUCAAAACUAUGUCUUCUUCCUUAAAAGGAAAGGAUAAUAAUGAGUGGAAUUCAACAUUAGCUAAGUUGAUGGUUUCAAAGGCAUCUGAUGAUCAUGAAGGAGGAGAGAGCGAUGCUUUAAAUUGUAUCAAGUCCAGCUAUGAGUGUUUACAAAAUAGAGAAGCAGAACAGAUAUUUCUGAUGUGCUGUAUGUUUCUUGAAGACUAUCACAUCCCAGUAGAAGAUUUGUUGAGGUAUGAAAUUGGAGUAGGUGUAGGAAGAACAUACUCAUUGCAGUUAAGGAGGAGCAUGUUCCAAGCACACAUAAACAAACUUCUGGAUUCUCGUUUGCUGAUGCAUGGUAGCGUGAAGAUGCAUGACAUGGUUCGCGACACAGCCUUAUGGAUCGCAAAUAGAUCAAAUAAUUGUAAAAUCUUGGUAAAUGUUGACAAACCACUCAGCAUUGUGGCAGAAGAUAAAAAUAUAAGAGAUUGUUUUGCAGUAUCUUCAUGGUGGGAGAAUAAAAAUCCCUUUUUUUGUCCAUUGCAUGCUCCUAAUCUUAAAAUGCUAUUGCUAAAUAUAAGUGCUCGUCCAUCAUUGAAUUCCUUGGAUUUAUCGCAUUUAACAUUUGAAGGAAUACAAGGGCUUGAGGUAUUUUCUUUAACCGUUGAUUACAGAGUAGUACCAAUAUCAUUUUCUCCAUCAAUCCAACUGUUGAAAAAUGUUCGAACUUUGCGCUUAAAUGGAUUGAACUUUGGUGACAUUUCUGUCAUUGGAAGCUUAACAAGCCUUGAGGUUCUUGACUUGAGACGUUGUAACUUCAAUGAACUUCCUAUCGAAAUAGGAAAACUAAUAAGCCUUAAGUUGCUGGAUUUAUCAGAGUGUCGUAUUUCUGAAAACAACUAUAAUGGAGCAAUAGGGAAAUGUUCACAACUAGAGGAGUUAUAUGCUUCAACAUGUUACCCAGAAAAGUAUGUUCAUGAGAUCAUUAUUGAUAUUGGUAUUCUCUCAAAUCUACAAAGGUUUGUAUUUGACAAUCAAAUCCUUCAGGAAAUAAGGAGAGUUCUAAAAUUAAAAGAUUUUAAUAUCUCAAAGUUGAGGACAUCUAAGAAAAAUAUUCUGCAAAUAGCUGAAAAUAUUUCUUUGGAAGGGCUUCAUGGAGGAUGUAAAAAUAUAAUCCCAGAUAUGGUUGGAAUUGUGGGAGGCAUGAAUGAUUUGACUUCUCUCCAUCUUACAAGUUGCCAAGAAAUAGAAUGUAUCUUCGAUGCAACCUAUGAUUUCAAGGAAGAUGAUUUGAUUCCCAGGUUGGGGGAGUUACGCCUUCGGCAUAUGAAUAACUUGACAGAAUUGUAUCGAGGUCCAUCUCUUCAAGUACUACGCUACUUUGAGAAACUAGAACUGGUUGAUAUACAAUAUUGUUGGCAGGUACACAUCAUGUUUCCACUGGAAUGUAAGUUACGAAAUCUUAAGAUUCUCAGCUUAUCAAAUUGCAGGACCGAUAAAGUACUCUUCUCAGAAUCUGUUGCUCAAAGUAUGCUGCAACUAGAACAACUAAACAUCAGUGGGUGCUAUGAAUUGAAGCAUAUAAUUGCUGCUAGUGGAAGCCAACAUGGUGGUAGUAAUACAAGUGAGGAAAUAAGUCCAGCUCCAAUGAAUUCUCAUUUUUUGAUGACCAAACUAAGGGAUGUUAACAUUUCUGAUUGUCCAAGUUUAGAGUCAAUAUUCCCAAUUUGUUAUGUUGAAGGACUUACACAAUUGCAACAGAUGGAGAUAGAAGAUUCUCCUAAGCUGGAAUACGUGUUUGGUAAAUGUGAUCACAAAGAACACCUUUCAUCAAACCAUGUCACGCUUCCUCAUUUGGAAGCUCUCCGACUCUCUUCUCUUGAAAAUCUCAUUGGGAUGUUUCCUGAGAAUUGUCAAGCAAACUGGUCAUCUCAAUGUCUGAGGAUGCUAAACAUAUAUCAUUGUCCAAAGAUGGCUAUACCAUGGUUCAAUUUGAAGGUUGGCUAUGAUCAAAGUCAACAUCAUCCGAAUGAAAGAUUACUCUCAAAACUGCAAGAGCUGGAAUUGUGUGAUCUGCCUCAAUUGUACUCCAUUUCAUGGGUAGGUCCUACUCCGAGUCAGAUUUGGAGUUUUCAAUGUCUUCAGAGUUUAACAGUGAAAAGUUGUGAAAAUUUGAAAUUCUUGUUUUCCAUGGGGGUAUGUAGAAGCCUACCAGAGUUGAUUAGCCUUGUUAUUGAGAACUGCCAAGAAUUGGAACAAGUAGUUGUAGAAGAUGAAGAACUUCUGCAGCUUCCUGAUGCUGAAUUUUAUUUUCGUAAGCUAAAACAAAUAGGAGUCUUUAGCUGCAACAAGUUGAAAAGCCUUUUCCCUUUUGCCAUGGUUACAAUGCUUCCACAAUUAAGUUCUCUUUUCUUAGCAUAUGCUACUCAACUUCAAGAGGUUUUUAGACAUAGUAGUGGAGACAACGUUAUGAAUGAAAUGGAAAUUGUUCUUCCAAACUUGACCAAGAUAUUUUUGUCUGAACUACCAAAUUUUGUAGAUAUCUGCCAUGGUUGUAAGUUACAUGCCCCUAAACUUCUAAAACUCAGCAUAUCUUUCCUUGACCGAACUCCUCCAAGCUUAAUAAAAAUUCAGAGGAAACUGCAAGAGGAAGCAGGAUCAGGAGAUGGUGAAGAUUUUCAUUCUUUGGUUUUUAAGAAUGAUGAAGAUUCUCAAUUUCGGUCAACUUCAAGCAUAAGUGAUUAUGUGAAAGAUCCAUCCGUACCCAACUUGGCAGUGGGACAAAGGAAAAACAAAGUAUAUUGUUGAUAAGGAUGAAGAAGCGGCAGCAGAAGAUGACGAAGAUUCUCUUUAUCAGUACCCAGCUUCUACCAAAACUGAUUUUGUGGAAGAACCGUUCGUACUCAACUACGCAUGGGACAAAGGAAAAACAGAAGAAAUUGAAAAAAGAAAUGUUGAGAGUGGGAUUAGAGAAGAACCCACUCCCUUUGGAUCAGAACCUUAAUCCGGUGCCUUAGGCCAACUCGGUCAUCUCAACUUUGUUGAAAAAUCUGUUCCCUGUUACUGUGGUUAUAGUACUUGUAUUGCGUGUUCCUUUGUUUCGGUUUCUUUAAACCACUUUUGUUGUAGUUUACCGUUUGGGCUGAUUACUACAUUUUGUCUGUUGUUUGACUGGGUCAGGUUUAUGUCCUCCAGUAUUUUGACAAAUAUCACAAGCUACAUUGGAUGAUCUGCUGAAUUUUCUUGAUAUAUUUCAUGAUUGCAAGUUAGAUGCA